CUCGCUUUAGCGGCGCUCCGGCUCCGUCUUGCUCCUCACUGCGCGCCUUUUAGUUUUACUGCCUGCUUUUUAGUUGCGUUAGCCAUGGAGGGAGACGGGAGCCAAGCCACGUCUGGGAGUCCGAACCACGAUUCGCAACACGAUCCAGGUAAAAUGUUUAUCGGUGGCCUCAGCUGGCAAACUUCACCAGACAGCCUUAGAGACUAUUUUAGCAAAUUUGGAGAGAUCCGAGAAUGUAUGGUGAUGAGGGAUCCGACGACCAAGCGCUCCAGGGGAUUUGGUUUCGUCACGUUUGCAGAUGCGGCCAGCGUAGAUAAAGUUUUAGGUCAACCUCACCACGAAUUAGACUCAAAGACGAUUGACCCUAAAGUUGCCUUCCCCAGACGUGCUCAGCCCAAGAUGGUCACAAGAACAAAGAAAAUAUUCGUAGGCGGAUUAUCAGCUAACACAGUAGUUGAAGAUGUAAAGCAGUAUUUCGAACAGUUUGGCCAGGUCGAGGAUGCCAUGCUUAUGUUUGAUAAAACUACAAAUAGACAUAGAGGAUUCGGGUUUGUAACUUUCGAGAACGAGGAUGUGGUGGAGAAAGUCUGUGAGAUUCAUUUUCACGAAAUCAAUAAUAAAAUGGUAGAAUGUAAGAAAGCCCAGCCCAAGGAAGUGAUGUUUCCUCCAGGGACGAGGGGGCGAGCCAGGGGUCUGCCCUACACCAUGGACGCCUUCAUGUUAGGAAUGGGCAUGCUAAGUUACCCAAACAUUGUAGCGACGUACGGCCGUGGGUACACUGGUUUCGCCCCAAGCUACAGCUACCAAUUCCCUGGGUUCCCUGCAGCGGCGUACGGUCCGAUGGCGGCGGCGGCAGUGGCAGCAGCACGUGGUUCAGGCUUUCCCGAUUACGGUUUCUAUUCCUCGACAAGCGACCAACGGGGGCCUCCUUUCUCCUUUGCGGACUAUGGCUCCCUUGGCCCGCAGGCGGCUCAGCUGCUGCAAAGCGAGCAUGCCACCUCGGCCUGCACCUCCCCCCUGCAGCACCUGCCCAGCCCGGAUCAGUAUAAGAGCCCAGGCACCAACCCUCCGCGGCCUGGAACUUUUCCUGGAGCCAGCAGUCCGGGACCUGUGGCUGACCUGUACGGCCCCGCCAGCCAGGACUCCGGUGUGGGCAAUUAUAUAAGUGCUGCUAGUCCCCAGCCUGGCUCCGGCUUUGGCCACAGUAUCGCUGGUCCUUUGAUUGCGACAGCUUUUACAAAUGGAUACCAUUGAAACCUAACCGGUGGUUGGGUGCCAUCUCAUUGGAGCAGAGUCUAUCAGGAGGUCCGGGAAAAGCAGGGCACAGUUUCUAACUGUUUUAUGUACAGGUCACGGCUGUACAACGUCAAGCACUACAGCACGGAAAAGGCAAAGAAACCGAGAUGGCACCAACUAUGGAGCGAAAAUGUUGGAAUCUUCUCAGAUUCGAAAACAUUAAUCUGCUGUACUAUAGUUCAAACUCAGCUUUGUAUUUUGUUUUGUUUUAAUCCUCCUGUAUCUUCAUAAUCUGAUGUAGGAAACUGUUGUAAGGUUGUUUUUCAUUUUCAUUUCUUUUUUUUCCCUUUAUUAAGGUUUCUUUUUUUGUCUUGUAGUCUGAAUCAGCCUUUCAGGUUGAGCCUAGUUUUAUUCAUCCUGUUCUUUAAUGAAGAACUAUAUAAAUGUACAUUUUCUCUUUUUUAAUGUAAUAAUGCUUCUACGUUUGUCGCAUCUCUCUUGGUAAUACUUAACUGUCACAUUUUCACAGUUUCAUUUCAUACAGGAAAGAAAACAAACACUUUUGCUUCAAAAAUGAUGUUUUUUCAACCUUUAAAAGAGCGACGAGGGGGUAACUUACAAAUCUUAGUAGCUCUGUUCUUCGUUUCGUGUGGUGUCUUGUUAAUCAUAUUUACCUAUUUUGGGCAAUAAGAGGACUACAAUAUUUUCACAGUCCUUUUUUAUAAAUGUCUUUGUUUUGUUCCGGAUAAAAGAUAAACUACAUUUGCUUUUAAUACUUUGUGAAAUGAGAUUUAAAAAGAAACGUUAUGAAACUGUAUGUAAAUAAUUACUCUUCACUGCAUCGAACCAUCUCCGAGAGAAGCAUAUUUUUGUGAUGGUGUUUUAGAGGUCGUACUGUGUGCAAUCCGAAAUAUGUUCGAAAAAAAAGGGAAAAAAAAUCUUUCAGGCUCAGUGCGGUAACUGAAAUCCAUUUGUAGCACAAAAGCCGUGAUACCAGACUGCAGACAAAAGCCCAAUAAACACUGUUAGCUCGCUCUGUAAAUACUGUCAGCUUUCUAACCGUGCAGGUGGCAUACCAGCAUAUCGACUAGAUAGUGAGAUCUGCGCACAGCUCGUACAACAUAUACACAAAUCAGCAUUGUAAACCUGAAAUCCAACUGAAAUCCAAAGCACACCUUUACGUUUCAUGUUUCCUUAUUAUUGUUAUUAAUACACGUUUAAGGACAUUUCCUUAUAGGUACAAGGUUCGUUGGUUUUUGGUUGUAAAUGAUUUUUUUAAUAUAUAUAUUUCCCGUAGUCUUCAGUCAUAGAAAGUAAAAAAAAAAAAAAACACACAGGGUGUGUUCGAAAACCUAGUGAGCUCUCUACAUAAACAGCAUUUUACAUCAUCCUACUCGCACUCCCGAGAAGGAGGCUGUUCGAAUUCCUACAUGCAUUAAAAUGCUGCCUAGUAAGGCACCUUAAAUUUGAAUGCUAUUUUGACAGAAUAACAAGGGAGCAUCCGAUGCUGGCUUAGCAGUGAAGGCAAUCCCAGCAUUCAGUGCGGCACAACUUUUCUCACAAAAGAAUUACAAAUAUGGUGGACGGAUGCGGAGCAACGAGUUAUUUUCACUCACUCACUGUUUUAACUGCUUAUCCAAUUAGGGUGAGUCGCGGGGGGCGGGGUGCUGGAGCCUAUCCCAGCUUUUCAAUGGGCGCAAGGCACACAGUAACACCUGUGAUGGGGCGCCAGUCCAUCACAGGGCAGACACGUACACACACACACACAUAGACACACCCAUUUAUCUAUAGGGCAAUUCAGUGUCUCCAAUUAACCUGACUGCAUGUUUUUGGACUGUGGGAGGAAACCGGAGCUCCUGGAGGAAACCCACGCAGACACGAACAUGCAAACUCCAUAUAGAAAGGACCCGGACCGCCCCGCCUGGGGAUCGAACCCAGGACCUUCUUGCUGUGAGGUGACAGUGCUACCCACCGAGCCACCGUGCCACCCGAGUUUUUUUCGAAUGUAAAUAAAUUAUUAUUGAUAUUAUUGAAGUGUGAAUUAUUUGCAAAUCCGGGCUUGUCAGCGAAUUUAACCAUUUUUGGUACACAGAGGGAGAUGUUAGUUGACAUGUUAGCGCGCUGUGCCACCUCAUCCUUUUGGUUGAAUGGCAUCAGGCUAACCGUGUUAUCUAAGUAAGCGAAAACUGAUGGAAUUGCAGGUCUAAGUAGUGCGUUCGAAUAGCCUGACUUAUAAGUCGAUGACUUAUUAGAAUCCUCUGUACUUAGGCAGCUGCCUAUGUAGGCAGUAGCAAGAAGGUCCUGGGUUCGAUCCCCAGGUGGGGCGGUCCGAGUCCUUUCUAUGUGGAGUUUGCACGUUCUCCCCGUGUCUGCGACAUGCAAGUGAGGUGAACUGGAGAAACUAAAUUGUCCAUGACUGUGUUUGAUAUAACUUGUGUAAAGUGAUAAACCUUGUGUAAUGAGUGACCACCGUGUCUGUCAUGAAUGUAACCAAAGUGUAAAACAUGAUGUUAAAACCCUAAUAAACAAACAAACAAACAAACAUGUAGGCAGUAAAGCAGCAAGGCAGCUCACUAGGUUUCCGAACACACCCACAGAAUGCUUGAUUUGGAACCUAACUGCAAUAUUUGAAGAUCUUUAAAGCGGUCCGUGCUUAAUUAGGAAAAAUAACUGUUUUGCACCAUUACCUCAGUCCUGUGGGAUGUAUUUCAGAGAACAUAAAUUAAUUUAUAUUUUAUUUUCCGGGACGGAAUAAGAUCGUCUCGGAAUGAAAUUCAAUCAUUGCACUGUGAGAAAGAAUUUAUAAUUUUCUAUUUGCACAUGUUAAAGCACGUAGCGCUCCACCGUGCGUAGGUCGUACGUAUGAAGGAUUCUCGUGGCGCCUCCAAGUCUUUAAUCGCAUCGAGUGACGGACUGUGCUUUUGAGCAACCGUUUUCCAGGUGUUUUGUUCGUAUUCUCACGAUCUGCUGACCUUACAGCUGAGUUUCUCGGUAGCAAUAGUGAAAAUUCUCCGAUACACUGAAGCUGAAUGAAACCAGUAGCUGCUACAAUUAUUUGAUGUACAUGUGGAGACUGGAUCGGAUACUAAACUAUACUAUGUGCUGAGUGAAAUGAGUGCUAUUUAAGAAUUAGAAUAAGAAUAGAAUCGAUGUUUGUUCGUUGUUUUUCAUCCUUGCUGCAUUUUCUUCCCUUUUUUUUUUUUUGUCUUUUAUCGAGUUUUUACUGAACUCACACAUGACAGGAUGCUGAAUCAUUUUUUACAUGUGAAAUCUUACAUGUGAAAGAGGAGAAAUCGGUAAAAUAAUAAUCAAAAAACACAAUAGCAAACAAAGAUGGCUUCCUGCAGACUAUUUAAAACUGUUUUAAAAGACAAAACUAUUAAAAAAAAAGAUUCUGACCCCCAUAAGAUGUUUUGAAGUGGGGGAUUUUUAUUAUUGCUAUUUUUGUGAAAGUGAAUGACUCUGUUAAAUAUAAUAAUAAUAAUAACUAUAUUACAGUUAUACUGUACUGUAUUUCUCAUUUGACUUUUCUCUCUCCAUUCCCUGUCACACAUUCAGUAAUCUUCUGUUUUAUCAUUGUAUUCAGUAGUGUGUAUAAAAAAAAAAAAGAGGAAAAAAAGAAACCUUGUAAACGAGUGCUGUCUUUGAUGCCAGUGUAGUGGUCUUUACAUUUCUGCGUUGAUCCCUUUCACUCUUCUCUUACCCUGUUUUUUGAGCUGCUUUCGUCUUUUUGCUCUUAAUCUAUAUCUCUGUCUCAUGCUUUCAUAGUAAAUAGUUCUAGAUGUUAUGUAAUCAACGUUACAGUAGAGAUGUAGUGAGUAGCAGAUUUAGGACCAGUAAGAAUAGAACUUUCUCUGAUAAUCAUUUAAAUGAAAAACAGAAAAGCUAAAUGUUUAACGUUGUUUUCAUCGCCGUCUACUUUUCAUUGUCAUUUUCAUCGGGUUGUUUUUUUUUCGGACACUUGUGUGGAUUCAGCCUACCAAAGCUCUCAUAAUGAAAUCCGGAAACAGAAAUUGGUGUAAGGCGGAGUUGUGAACAAGGGAUUUAUUGGAUAUCAAACCUUGAAUGUUUUGAAAGGGGUGUGCCAUACUACCUUAAACGCUAAUGCUCAAUAUGCAAAACUAGUGGACUCUUUUUUUUUCCUUUUCUUACAGGGACACAAUUAAUAACUACAGAAAGCAAAUUAAAGAUAGUAUGAUUAAAUAAUUCUAGAUAUGGUUUUUAUAUGUAUACCUUUUAUUUUUAGAAACCCAACUGCCCAUGGCACUACUAUUUUUUAUGUCUGCAUAGAUUCCUUUGUUAGUGUGCAGUCAUUUUAAAUGUUAGUUAUUUUGUCCUCUGUAAUCAUCGUCCUAGCUCUUCUUGUUAAUCAAAGCUGAGCCUUACCACAAGUUUCAAUCUCAAAAAACAAAAGCAAUGACGUGUAUGCUAGAUAUCAACAGACAAUUUUAACUGUAACUUUCAAUCAAUCAAACUGUUUGGAGAAUUAAGUCAUUAAAGUAAGUAAAAGCUCUCAGGGAUUAUAAAGGUUAAAACUUGAGCUCCUUUAUUCCUGUGUGUUUUAGCUGAAAGGAUUCUCUGAUUGAUGGAAUCAGCAUCUCUGAUUUUAUUUGGACAGAAACACAUGUUGAGCUAUGUUGUGCUAAAACUAAGUCUGAUCUACCUUUGGACUGAAGGUCAUGGAAUGUAUUAGUCAUUUCUAGAGAUUCUAUGAACACAUGACUAAUAAAUAAGGCUCCUCUUAUUCAGAUGAGACCUUUAAAUUACCUGGAUUUCCGAAAAAAAUGGCCACAUCUUUAUAUAAAUCAUAAUAAAAAAUAAUUACAUACAAACAAUCUUCUUGAUACUAAGUUGUGCUCUUGGUAUGAUCUUGGUGUUGGAAAGUAGCAUCAGUAUUGACUUUCCUCCAUUCCCCUGACAAUGUGUCUUUUAAUAAGUUGAUGAACACCUAGGACUUUAGAAAUGCUUUUAUAGGGUGCUUAGGUGGCACAUUGGUAAAACACACUAGCAUACCAGAGCUGAAAUCUUGAACUAAUGAGUUUGAAUCUCAGCUCUGCUACCGGCAAGCUGGGCGCCUACACAGACAAUGAUUGGCUUGUCUGUUGAGUUUGAUUGCUGGAUGUGAUUCCUCAUAACUGUAACUGUAGCAAUUACGCUCUCUGCUGGCUGAUCAAUGGUGCCUGCACAGAGGCGGGGGAUAAUGGGGAUUAGUGCGUGACUCUCCAUACACAAUUAUGAGAGCCAUAUGAACUCGCCUCAUGGAGCGUGUGUUAGUUACAGCUCUCCUCGGCCAAGCUAAAUGCAAUCAGGUGAUUGGAUAUGAAUAUACUGGGAGGAAAUUUGGGGACAAGUCUUUUGGGGACAAGUCUCUGUUUGUUUUGAUGGGAAUAAUCAUACAAACAGAUCCUUUGGAGUGGAGUUACACUAUAUGUAAAAGACAGGGUACCUCUACAAGCCGCACCUCUAGCCUAUUUCAAUAAAUUGGAUUAUUUAAGAGGUCAGGUUAAAGUGAUUGGUGAAAAUGAACAUGAAAAUUAUUAUUAAUUCAAAAAGAGCUCAUUUAUUAUGACUUGGCUAAGGAUGAGAUGUUAUGUCAUGGGUGAUAAAUGCAGAAAUCCAGGUAACUCCAACUGUUUGACUUUUUUGUUCCUGCCUCUAAAUCUAAAUUCAAACAAUUUGCUUGUGGUUCAAAACCUGGCAUGGCUCUUGAUUAACACGAAGGCUGGCAGCUCUUCAGAUAUUCCUGUCUGACGUCUCACUCACUUUAUUUUCAUGAUUUGAUCCUGUAGCUUGGACUUUAAGGUAGCAUGGCUCUGUUGCCAUUUUUUUUGUUUUUCCAUCGACAGCAGUUUACAGCAGAUGAAUGUUAUACAUCUUGCUAGACUAGUAAAGUCAUUGGAUAAUUGUUGGUUUAAAAAAAAUGGAAAAGAUAAAAAAAUAAUGACCUGGAAGGUGUGGGGUGACAUUGAGAGUAAACUACCGUAUCCAUUCGAAACUUGAAUUUCGUGGCAAGUGCUAGGCAAUGGCCAAAUCGAUCGUCCCAUUACUGAAGCUACAAACUACUCUGUGUAAUGACAUACUGUACUGACGUAUGUAUAUACUUGUAUACAGAUACAGGAUAUAUAUGUAUAGUGUAUAUAUCUUUAUUAAAUUGUUCAAGCUGCCUCAUUUUGCUUAUAAAUCAUCUGUAGUUGAACUGACUGAUACAGUUCAUUAGUUAACACUAAUAUCAUAUUUUAAAAUCCAAUCGAGAUCACGUGUCUGUGUUUGUUGUAGAAUUACAUUUUAGUACUGGGACAGACGGAAAGGCGAGAACGUUAAAGCGCAGCGUGUCUUCCGAACACCUGCAUGUGUACACGCAUCCCUGUAUGUGGACUGUAGAGUUAAAUUGGUGGGUGUCACACCUCCCGUUUCCCUCCUCAGCUAUCGCCCGUCUGCCUUGUCCAUUCCUAACACUUGCCCAUUUUUUAACGGACUUUUUACCACAUGAACUGACUGAACGGACUGACGUCUGAAAGCAUCUUUCAGGUCUUCUUGUAUGGCUUGCUCAAGCCCUGUUGUAAAAUAAACUAAAGUGGAUGGGGGUCUCUCACAUCUCAGAUGUGGAAAGUAUAAUUUUAUAUUUGUAUUUUCAAAUAAUUAUGAUAAUAAAAUGUUUGUGAAAGGUUUCCAUCCUCUACUGUGGUCCAGAAAUCAAUGUGUUUGUCUGGAGAAGAUUAAAAAAAAUAAUAAUAAAAUAAACUGUUUUGAAA